CCACCCAAAGUUGCUUGCAGUACCCGCCGUGCUUUUCUCUCCUGCUCUUCUUCCUACUCCCUCCUUCCUUCUUCGCCAUUUUCUUCUUCUUCCUUCUCUACUCCUUUUUUCCCCUGCCGCGCUUGGGCACCACUGGAGUCGGAGUUUCCUAGUGACGUUCUGCGGAAUGCCAUUUAUUGAGCGUCUUUGUUGUUGGAUUGCAUAACAGGUUUCCGCUCGCGAGUCGAGAGUUUGGUUGUAGUUGUGUGACGGAUUUCAUUGGCGCGAGUCGAGGUCAAGCAUGCUUCCUCACUUCAACAAUUUUUAUGGCUCUAAUACGAAUAAUGUUAAUAAUAAUCGCAAUGCCCAAAGCAAUGGAGUAAACGCUUCAGCGCCUCAACAGAUCAUAGGCAAUCAAGGAACUUUUUGCCCUAAUCCUAGCCAAAUUCAGCCCCAGUUUCCUAUGGGAAUGCUUAAUAAUCCUCAGAUGGGAAUGCUUAAUAAUCCUCAGAUGGCAAUGCUAAAUCCCAAUCCAUAUUUUGCUCCAGGCCAGUUUUUCCCGUUUCCCCAAGGUUCUUUUAUGAACCCGAAUGUUGACUUGGCUCAUAUUUUUGGGCGUAAUUCCAUGAACCAGCCUCCGUUCUUGCCGAAUGGGGUACCAAAUUUACCACAGAAUAUCAACCAACUUCUGCAAGUGCAAAUACCAAAUGCUGGCCCUAACAAUGUUGGUCCUUUUAUGAAUUCACAAUUGGGUGUGCAUAAUGGAACAGGAACCUUACAACAACAGUCCAUUGAUGGAAAAGGGAGGUUCAAUUCUCCUCAAGUGCAACAGAAUCAGAUUCUCAGGUCUCCUGGUGCUGCAAAAUCACAGCUGUUGCAGAACGAUUCAGAAAAUUUUAAUGGCAUCAAUGACGGGAAGAAUAGCUGGAGAAAAUCUCAUAACACUAAGUUCAUGAAUAAUAAAAACAAUGCAUCGCAAAGAGGGUUUGGCAAGCCAUUUCAUCAGCGACAAAAUGCUCAAGGACGCAAGUUCAAUGAUGAAUAUCAAGGAAAAGGAAACAGAAAUAAUGGACAGAAGAACUUCCCCACUUCAACCUCCAGUGAGAAAAGUCAGGAGGGUAAAAAGAGGUCUCUUGUGUUGAACUAUACGGAGCAAGAAAUUCGGCAGUGGCGUGAACAACGCAGGAAUAAUUAUCCAUCUAAAGCCAACAUAGAGAAGAAAUUGAAAGAGAAUUCAAUUCAACCAGAGAUCACAGAUGAAGCCGUGAAGAUGCGACGGCAGCAACUCAAGGAGAUAUUGGCCAAGCAAGCCGAGUUAGGCUGUGAGGUUGCAGAAAUACCGUCCAGUUACUUAUUAGAUUCCGAGCCACAGCCACACAAUAAGCAGCAGCAGCAAAAUGGCAAUACAUUUGGCCAAAGAGGACGGUUUCAGAACAAGUUUAAUCAAAAGCGCAAAUUCCACCAAAACGAUCGCUCCUCCAAAAGACCAAGACCCGAAACCAACCAUCGUAACACAAACCCGCAUAGAGACAACAAAAGAGAGCCGUCUCUCCUGAAGAAGCUGCUGAGUCUGGACAUCAAAAGGGAUAAAAAACAUUUGCUGCAGGUUUUUAAGUUCAUGGUGAUGAAUUCAUUCUUUCAAAAUGAGGGAGAUGAUCUGAAAUUCCCAACAGUUAUUGUCAAAGAAUCCGACGAUCUAAGCAAGCCUAUCGAAGAAGAAGCACAGGUUGCAAACAGCGAUGCAUCCGAUCCCCUUGCCCCCACACCUGUAGACAAUCACAUGUGUUGACCGACUGGCGAAAAAAGCGAAAAUCUCAAUCAAGAUGUUGGGGUUACUGAAUGAUUGGGAGUAUGUGUUCUGUAAGUGAUGAUACCUUAAUUUAGUGUGUGUAUAUCUUACUUGCAAUGGCAGUAUUAGUUUUUUUUUUUUUUUUUUAAAUAUUUGGUAUGUAGGUUUUUUUUUAAAUUUUGAAAAUUUUGAAAGGAAAUAUUUUGUGCUCGGUAUGGUU